AUGGGUCUCUUCAGCAGCUGUUUCGGCAAGAAAGCCAAGCGUCAAGACAAGAAGCUAGCUGGAAAAGGAGGCGCAACCUCGGAUUAUACCUAUAAUCCGACUAGCAACACCACAGGACUUGCGAACACUACCUACGCCGCCCCAGCAGCAUAUAGUGCUGUCGAACCUCCAGUGAGCGGAGCGCUGGAUUGUGACCCUCCGAGCACUCAUCAUGGUGGAGGCGGAAGUAGUGGAGGAGAUGGUGGGGGAUACAGUUACAGCGAGGGAGGCGAUGGUGGUGGGCAUAGCGGAGGAGGAUAUAGUGGAGGGGGAUAUAGCGGGGGAGGGUAUAGCGGAGGAGGAAGUAGUGGAGGCGAUGGAGGAGGCGGCGGUGGCGGAGGCGGUGGUGGGGGUGGGGGUGGAGACUAG